UUUUGAAGCGGUGGCCUGAAAUGAACUGUAGCUGUUUGUUAUUUUAAACAGGCAUAAAACAAGGCAGCCUAGUAGUCCUUCGCGGACACCGGCGCGAGAAAACAGUGCGACGAGUAAAGAACUACAACUGAGAGAAGGUCAGGAUGGUCCAGAAAAUACUAAAUAAACUCAUCGGUGUCAAGUAUAUUAGUAUUCUAAGGACGUGGGUGCCAAAUAUGGUCACAUGGGGAACAGUUGGUGGAGUGGCGCUCAUUCACUUCACAGACUGGCGGUUGAUUCUGGACUAUGUGCCAUACAUUAAAGGGAAGUUCAACACGGAUGAGUAAAAGUCCCACACAACUAAAUUGACCAGAGCUCGGGAAUGGGCACAUGGGUGGAUCGCAUACACAAUGCAAGCUUGAGGAGGAUGCCCUGGCUCAACAAUCAGUCGCCGAGGGCUUGUUUUAGGAGUUUGGACGACACACCACACUCUGUAUAAAUGCAGCUUUUGAUCCUGUAUUCUUUAAUGUUAAUAAAUCUUUAAUUUCCCCAAA